AUGGCUAACCAGGAACGCGACACAUCAGACGCUUUAAGCGCUCUACUAAGUUUCUGUCGUAGGGGAAUGGGGAAAGUAGAACGACGGGAGGACAGCCUGAACCGGUUCUUUUGUGACAUGACUGAGUUUUUCAUGGCUAAUGUUGAUAAGAAGGAAUUGGCCAUGGGAAUAAGCAAACACAUAGCUAGCCAAAUAGAAGCAGAGAAACGAAUGGACGACAAAACAUUUGAGGAAAUGAAAUUUUUAAUUCUUUUUUUAAAUUCGCUGUAUGAAAAAUAUUUCAGCAAAGAGUUCCUCCACAUUGACACCAGUUGGAUAAUCCAGUUGAUCAAAUCAAACGGGUUCAAGAACCCGAUUUUAUUUAAAUUUUUAACAGAUGUGCUUGUCUUAACUUUUGAAGCGAGGGACGAACCAGGGGACACGGACGGCACCCUGCAUCUUCUGCUGCUUUUACUAAGGUGCAUAAGGGGAAGGGUCGAGACAGACGUUAGAGAGAACAAAGAAGUUUUCCUUUUUUAUAUAAAGGUGCAACGGUGGUUUCGGUCUCGUAGUGGGUUCGCUCAUAAUUUGGCUGGCAAUUUUGCGAGCGGGUUUGGGGAGGCAGACGAGGGGGAUGCACCGGAGAAGGCGCCGAGUGUGGGGGGGCUCCCCUAUGAUGAGCUCCUGAGCAGUGAGGAAUUUCAUUUCAGGGCUUUGUGUCAUUUGUUCGCUUUGGUGGUGGAGAAGGUGGGGAGGAAGGUCACGGAGGGGAGCGCAGAUGUGGAACGCACCAGGCACCCCGCGCACGCCAAGAAGAGAGGACAGGGCGAGAGCGGCGAAAAGGGAGAACCCUCCGAAGGAACUGCCAUAUGGGGUCUGGCCAAAGUGAAGUACAUGGCGAGAGACAUUUUGCAUCUGCUCCCAUUUGUGAGCAACGCCCCGAUGCGCGAUGUGAUAAUAAAGGAUUUUUGCAAUACGGCCAAGGAGUACCUGUUCAGUAGGUGCGAGAUGGAGCAAGUAUGUCUCGAGGUGACUCAGCGGAUGUUCUUUUGUGUGAGUAACGGCCUUGGUUUGGAGCUGGACGGAUUGGAGGAAGGCACCGAGGCGACUUGUAGCGAAGCCACGCCGCUGCUCAAGACCUACCUCGCUUAUAACACAAAUUGUUACGCGAAAGAAUGGAGAGAGACCGCUUCAGAUCUGUUAAACGAUAUGUACACUUACCAAGUGCUUUACAUGGACUACCUGUAUGAUGAGAAUUUUUUAAUGAAGGCCAACUUGAACGACGUGCGUUUUUUCUUGCUGCUCCAUAAUAGAGCAUACAUGAGUGAAGAGAUUGUGAAGAAGGUGAUAUACCUGUUUGAUGGCCUCGUAAGUGGGGUAGAGGGAGUGGCUGAAAGGAAGGAACGAGGGGGGAAGCAAUUUAGUGAAGCCUGGGAACUCUACACGUGCAUCUUAAGGUGCAUGCAAAACUUUUCUGUUCAUUUGUUAAAAGCGAAUUGGCACAAGAUGGUUAUCCUGUUGCGCGUGGUCAGUGCGAUUAGGAGGAAGUACGAGGCGAAGCGGAAGGAAGACAGGCGGUUGGCGAAGGCGCCAUCAGGGGGGUCGCCAGGGGUGCCAGACGAAUGGCGUGGAAACCAUGAGAGUAUUCACCCCAGUGUGUCUGCAGGUGAAGGGGCCACUUGGAGUAGCAGCACAGGUGACACACCCGCCCCGUUUGACGAUAUGGACUUGUUCAUUUUCCAGUGCUGUGCAGGGAGCGACGUAGGGAAGGGAGAAAUGAGGUUUUUGAAGGUGUGGGAUUUUUUAAUUCUGCGUCAGGCGGAGCUGCUCAUUUGGCUGCUUCUUCGUCAUAGCAACGGGACGGUGACUCGAUUUGCCCUUUGCCAGUUGGUGAGUCGAGGCGACAUGGGGUGCACGGUGGGUAGAGAAGCGGCAGGGGAGGUUACCCAUGUUGGAAGAAGUGCUGGAGGAACCGUCGGAGGAACUGCCGCAGGAGGGGCCGCUACUCCACCGGAUGGGUCACUCGACGUGGAGACGCUGCUCAACUGCAUGAGCGACACGUUCCUCUUCCACAUUUUCUUUAACGAGUGCAUAAGGCCAACUCUGUUCAUCAGGGGAGACAUUCCAUUUUAUGAGUUCCGUUUGAAGAACCUGAUAGUGAUAAAAGUGUUGAAGGGGACUCCCCUGUUAAUGGUUAAGUAUUUUUUGCUUGGCCUGCAUGGGGUGAGGUUUUUUCACAUUAAUAUUCGCGUUGUGUUGGAGGGGCUGCUCGAGGCGCUGCGUCUGCUGGGGGGUGCCACCCGCGGUCAGGCAGACUCGAUGGGCGGCUCGAAGUGUGGCAUGAUGGACGACCUGCACGAGGUGCUCGUGGGCAUUGUGAAAAAUGUGAAGAGCAUCCCGGUAAGCAGAAGAAGUGAUACCCUGACACUGCUGUUAGAGACCACGGUUAAAAUAAAUCACCACGUAAAUAUAUUCAGGAGGGUUAAAGAUUACUGUAUCUUUUUGGACUCGUUCGGGGAUGAGUUUUUUUGCAGACACAUGAAAGUCUUUUACUCUUUGCUCAAGUUAAAUAUGAAUUGCAUGGCGGCAUCAAGUGGGGGAAACAAUUCUCAAGCGGGAGGAGGAAGUUUCAUUUCGAUUAAGAAUUCAACCAGUGAUAUUUUCUUAACUCAUUUUCUUAACCACUUCAACCACGUCCUUUUGUCCAAUGAGCAUGUGUACUUUGCGGGUUACGUGCGUUUUUUUAUUUUGUUGGUGAUGCAUAAUGAUGUGAAGAGUGGUAGCUUACUCCUUCUCCUAUGUCGUGGUGGAGAACAGAUACACGAACUAGUGAAUCGGUUCCUUUUUUAUGUCCUCAAGUAUGGGGUAAGCCACGUGUUUGAUGAAGGUAGUAUGGAAAAUGUAAUGACGGGGCUUCUUUUGAAGAUUGAAAGGUACUUCUUAGAUGAGGGAGUUGACUCGGCUUGUGAAGUGGCUGUAGAGCAGAAUGGAGAUUCGUAUGAGAAUGACCAGGAAGGGGAGAUCCCCCUGAAGGAGCUCCUCCCCUUUGUAGAUGCCCUCGAGUAUAUCCUGCCAAACAACAUGAACGCGUCUUUUCAUUAUUACCAUCGAGAGGGUGAUGUUGAAAUGGAGCAGGGGGGAGUAUCUUCACUUAACAAAUUACACAGUGAAACUAUGAAGGAAUACUUCUUUCCCCUCCCGAGUGAUCACAAGUUGGUGAAGGCAAAUGGUCGCUUCCACCUCCAGGCAAAGGCACUACAUGACCAGUGUGUCAAGUACAUUGUUAAUUUUGUUCAAAAGGGGGGAAGACAGGAAGAUGUUACGAAAAUCAUUUUAGCUGUUGCGUUUUUAUCUAGCACCUGUGCCUUGUUUUCACCCCCACUGGAAGCAGUCCCCAAUGAGAUGAUCAUCCAUUUGCAGGUGAGCCAAACGAGUUGCGCAGUUUCAACAGAAGGGAAGAGUAAAGGGAAGGAAAGGAACAAGGAAGGAAGGACAAGGCGCUACGGGGAUAAGCACUGUGAAGUGUUCAAUUAUUACAAGUACAAAUAUGCUUAUAAGAGCAUGUGUAUGGGGGGAUCAGGGGACAGAGGCUCCAUCUUCGGGGGGGACAUCCUCCCCUUCGCGGAAAAAGUUAUUAGUGACAUUGAGCUGUGCAAAGGGGAACUCGUGUAUGUGUAUAUGAUCAUCAGGCGGUUCGUCAUCCCCGCGGUGUUUGGUGAUGGCACUUUUAGUGGCGACCUUGUUGGGGGUGCCUCCCCUUUAGGGGCGGACGAAAGGACAUACAUCCUGACGCUUCUAUUAAAGCAAAGCGAUAUCCUGAUUGACCGAUGCUGCGCGUGCAAGUACCCUUCUCGCAUCCUGGAGCUGCUCUUCAUCACGCUGUUCCACCCUCUCAUUGUGAAGCAUGACAUGGGUUUGCAUGUGGAGGUGACUGGAGGGGGGAGGCGUGGCAAAGGACCAUCAAGGGGAAGUAACACGGAAGGUAACAGUGAAGAUGAUGAGGUGAAAUGUAGAAGCCCCGCCGAUAAGAAUGACAAGUGGGUUGCUGAUCACACAGAUGAAGGGCGCCCCUUUCUUAUCCUGAAUUAUGUACAAAGAAUUAUGGAGUACGGACAGACGAAGCUGUCUGUAGUAAGAAGUGCUGUGAUCCCUUUUCUCUCGUCAUUCUUUUUUUCUCUUAUUCAAAAUGAAGACAUGCUGAAAGUGAGCAGCGAGUAUUUGAAUAAGCUUGUUCAGGUGAUAGUUGAUAUUUUAAUUUGCAAGGAGUUCGUCUUAGUGGAUUUAAAAAGGAGUUUUGUAAAUGAGCAUUAUAAGAUGAAGAGGGGGAAUAUUCUUCUGCACCAUUUUGUGAAUGAACAAAUGUGUUUUUAUUUUUUAGCUGGAUUGGAAAGGAAUGAGGAUAUUUUUCUUCCGGCAGACCUUUACCGCGUACGUCACACGCCUAUCUUCCUCAGGCUCUUGGCCCUGAUGUUCCUCAUCAACCUGUUCCGGUUGCUCGAGGGGCCCUGCCUCGGCCGCCCCUACCCAGGGGGGUGUAUGAGCAGCGGUAGCGGUGAGGUGUUGGAGGGGGGCGGUAACAAAGGCAAUGGUGGUCAGAGCGGCUGCAAGAGGAGCGGCAAUGGUGGUAAGAGCGCCUGCAAGAGAAGCGAUGAGGUGCUCGAGGGGGACAGGCUGCAGAGACAGAAACGGAGGACCCUCGUUCGGAGGCUGUACGCGCGCCUGCUUCUUCAAAUUAUGAAUCGCAUAAGCAACAAGAACGUCUCGUCUUCUGGGGCCCUGCGAACCGGGUCCCUGUCUUCGUCCCCGCCACUGCCCUCCUCCAGUGGACACAACAUCCAGCUGAGGGGACUACAAGCCCUGUGUUGCCUGGCAAAAUAUUUCAAAUAUUUAAAGAAGACAGAAAGGAAAUUGCUCAUUGAAAAGGCGAACCAACUGCUGCACGACGAUCACUUGAGUAACACUCGCCAGUACUUGGAGUUAUUCUGUCUCUCCAUUAGUUCUUCUUCCUUUGUUUUGCUUUAUCCACACUUAAGAAGAAAUUUAGCUGAUGGAAAUACGAACACACAGCUAAUCGUAAGCACGCUCAUAAUAUGUUCAUACAUUUUACUAAAGACAAAAUUCAGUUUCUACUCCUUUGAAGAAUUGUAUGUUAGUCCAUCCUUCGCUCGUGUGUGUCUCUCGAGUGACAAGUUUAGGAUCAAGCAAGUGGUCGCUACACAAACGGAGGCUCCCCACCCGGGUGGGGGGAAGAGGAAGAACAAGAAGAAGAGACGCAGCAAAGAGGACACGAGGGAAAUAAAACGAAUCAUCAACAACAUCGUCAAGAGGAACGAACAUGACAAGGACAAAAUUGUGCAGGAUGUGCAGAGGUCCAAGCAGAAGCUCGCGCGGCUGGGCAGGCGCACGGGGGGGAACCGAAUAGAAGUGGCGACUUCCCGUGGGGGAAAGCAAGUAGAAGUGGGCAGGCCUCCCCCUGGUGGGAGGAUAGCCCCCCCGCGACGCAGCUACUUCUUCUCCGAGUACGUGCGCAAGUGCCUCGUCGCGUUGAUCACUCGAAUCGUGGGUCUGUGUUCUUCCCACGCGGCGCUGGUCAGGAGCAUCGCCCAGUACACUUACUACUACUUUGUAAAGAGAAGGAAAGAAAUUUUAGUCGACCCAUUUUUCAAGUGCACCUACUCCUACAUUAAACAUAAUAAGGACUGCAAAAGGAUUCGAAAAAGGAUGAAGGCCGAGUUUCACCAUUGGACCCCAACCCCCUUUGAAGACAUCCGGAUCCUCCUUCCUGCAUGCAACUACUCUUAUAACUACUUCGAUGAGGACGUUAAUGAGGAAAGCACACACACGUUUGCGCAUGUGCUGAGGAAUUACGAGUUGGUGACUUCGUAUACCUUCCUCGAGACGGUGAGGAGGACGGUGCAGCAGGAGAUGUCCGCAAUAAUGUUUAACGUGGAUUUGGAGCGCCAGCGCCGGGAGGCCCAGUCGACAGUGCACGUGGCGGGCGUAGAAGUGGGGGCAGACGCGGAGGUAGAAGCGGUGGCAGACGCGGCCGUAGAAGUCGCGCCAGACGCAGCCCCCCUGGAAGGCCUGCUCCACAAAAACAGAAACAACUACCAGCAGAAAUUCGACCCAAUCAGUGACAUCAUUCAAGUGAAUAAUGAAUUCAGAAGGACCUACCAUCAGCUAGCCAAAACGAAGACGAAAAAAAAAUUAAUUAUCAUAGCAUCCCUAAUCGAUAAAGUACCCAAUUUAGCUGGGCUGUGUAGAACCUGUGAAAUUUUUAAAGUACAAAAAUUGAUCCUACAUAAUGCUAAUAUUGUGAAGGAUAUUCAAUUUCAGAAAAUAUCUUCCACGGCAAAUAAAUGGAUGAACAUAGGAGAAUUGAAAAAAGGAGACUUGGUGAAGUACUUAAUGCAUAAGAGAAAGAAAUAUGCCAUUGUGGGUUUGGAGCAGACUAAGUGCAGUGUGCCCCUGAACAAGUUUGCCUUCCCUGAAAAGACCAUUUUGAUUUUGGGGGAUGAGAAGGAGGGCCUGCCUGCGUCCGUGCUUUUGUUUCUUCACCACUGCAUCGAAAUUCCCGGCAAGGGCAUCAUUCGCUCGCUGAACGUGCACGUCUCCGCGGCGAUCACCAUUUACGAGUAUUUCAAGCAGCAUCUCCUGUGA